CAGCAACAGCAUGGGCAAGGUGGCGGACAGGGAAGUGGCCAGGGUUAGAGGAGAGAAUGCAAGGGUCUGGGCUCCUGAUUCCACCCUAUCCCUCUGGGACAUCUCCCUUGCAGACGAGCCAAGCCAGCGAGCUAAGUGGAGAUGGGUUAUACCAGCCUUGACAACAUCUAGGCAUUGCUGUUGGCGGCCAGCCAUCUCCCAGGCUCUGCACUGGACCGACAGAGUGUCCCUGUCUCUCCCCAGCACCCUUAACAGGAGCAGUCUUCCCCGGGAAAGAGAAACCGUGGAAGUGGAGUCUGACGAGGAGGAGGAGUUCUCAGCUCACACAGGUGAUUCAGAGACAGGCAGCCCCGAGCGCAGGCUGGGCUGCCAGGGGACCCAGGAGCUGGACAGUUCGUCCCAGCGGUUGCUUGACCAGAAUGAGGCCAGUUUCCAGCAUGCACUGGAGCAGGACGACAGCACUUCGGCCACGAGCAAAGCUAUCGGGGCGCGAGGCGAAGAGCAAGGGAGCAGUAAAAUGCAGAGCAAUCCUCCCCAACAGCACCAUGCACUGCACAGUGAGAUUGCACCAGACAAAAUGACGGGGAGCAAUCCUGUGUCACCGGCCUCUUCGGGGUCACCUGCCUCCAGUGGCAGCAUCUCACCAUCACACCUUACUCACGAUUCCUCUCUGGACAGUCACCUGGGCUUUGAUGUGCCCAGGCUGCAAAGCAAAGCUCUGGCGUCCCCAGGAGUUUACGCCUCGGACCCGGCCAGCAUGUGGGACAAGACGCAUGCUGAGAUCGCUGAGCAGGCCAAGCAUGAGGCGGAGAUUGAGAACCGCAUCGCAGAGAUGAAGAAGGAGGGUUUCUGGUCUUUGAAGAGGCUCUCCAAGGUGCCGGAGCCAGUUCGCCCCAAGGUUCACUGGGAUUACCUCUGUGAGGAGAUGCAGUGGCUUUCAGCAGACUUUGCCCAGGAGCGACGCUGGAAGAGGGGAGUGGCCAGGAAGGUCGUGCGGAUGGUGAUCCGACACCAUGAGGAGCAGAAACAGAAGGAGGAGCGAGCCAAGCGAGAGGAGCAGGCCAAGCUGAGGCGCAUUGCCUCCUCCAUCGCCAAAGAGGUCAAGCAGUUCUGGAGCAAUGUGGAGAAGGUGGUGCAGUUCAAGCAGCAGUCUCGCCUGGAGGAGAAAAGGAAGAAGGCCCUGGACCUGCAGCUGGACUUCAUCGUGGGCCAGACAGAGAAGUACUCAGAUCUGCUGACUCAGAGCCUCAACGAGACCUUCCCCAUGGCCAGCAAGACUGGCUCCUCCUCCCACAUCAGCUCCUCCCACGCUGGCUCCACCGCUUCCAGCCCCCCGCCACCUCCACACCUCACCGACGAAGAAGAUGGGGACUUCCAGCCCCAUGAGGAGUCCGACGACGAGGAGACGAUUGAGGUGGAGGAGCAGCAGGAAGGGAAUGACUCGGAGACGCACCGGCGUGAGAUAGAGCUGCUGAAACAGGAGAGUGAGCUGCCCCUGGAAGAGCUGUUGCAGUCUCUGCCCACCCAGAUCCUGGAUAAUUCCUGCAGCACUGCCCCCUCCAUCUCCAGCUCCAACAACAAUGAGGAGGAGGAGGCAGUGGGGGAGAGUGAGGAGGAGCAGGAGAAAGCAAAGUCCGUCAUGCAGAGGAACAAAAGGCCAUGGAAGCCUGACAAGGAGGAUGAGGAGUUCACGGCCAACGAGGAGGAAGCUGAGGAUGAAGAGGAGACGAUCGAUGCUGAAGAGAAGCUGGAAGGGGAUAUGGAUCACAGGAAGGAACUGGAUGACUUGGCCCAGGAAGGGGAGCUGCCCAUGGAGGAGCUGCUGCAGAGAUACGCCGGCGCCUACGCCUCGGACUUUGAGAUGGAUGAGUCAGAUAGCUCCUCGGAUGCCUCGGAGCCCAGCACCUCGGAGUACGAGGAGGAGUCAGAGGACGAGGACAGCAGCAGCCAGUCAGACUCCACCGCAGAGGAGGAGAGUGACGAGGAGGAAAGCGAGGAGGAGGAGGAGGAGGAUGCCCCCGCUGAGGAAGCGACAGCGGCGAGCCGAGAGGAAGACUUCGGCGUGGAGUAUCUGUUGAAAAGGGAUGAGGAUCGGGGAGAGGGGGGUAAUGACGCAGCCCCCACCCUGGGGCCCAAGAAGGAGAUCACAGACAUCGCAGCCACUGCCGAGAGCCUGCAGCCCAAGGGCUACACCCUGGCCACUACCCAGGUGAAGACGCCCAUCCCUUACCUGCUGCGGGGGACCCUGCGGGAGUAUCAGCACAUUGGCCUGGACUGGUUGGUCACCAUGUAUGAAAAGAAGCUUAACGGGAUCCUGGCGGACGAGAUGGGGCUGGGGAAGACCAUCCAGACCAUCUCCCUGCUGGCUCACCUGGCCUGCGAGAAGGGUAGCUGGGGUCCCCACCUGAUCAUCGUGCCCACCAGCGUGAUGCUGAACUGGGAGAUGGAGAUCAAGCGCUGGUGCCCCAGUUUCAAGAUCCUCACCUACUAUGGGGCGCAGAAGGAGCGCAAGCUCAAGCGUCAGGGCUGGACCAAGCCCAAUGCCUUCCAUAUCUGCAUCACCUCGUACAAGUUGGUGCUGCAGGACCACCAGGCGUUCCGGCGCAAGAACUGGAAGUACCUGAUCCUGGAUGAGGCCCAGAACAUCAAGAACUUCAAAUCCCAGCGCUGGCAGUCGCUGCUCAACUUCAACAGUCAGAGGCGGCUGCUGCUGACAGGCACCCCCCUGCAGAACAGCCUGAUGGAGCUCUGGUCCCUCAUGCACUUCCUAAUGCCCCACGUCUUCCAGUCGCACCGCGAGUUCAAGGAGUGGUUCUCCAAUCCCCUGACAGGCAUGAUCGAGGGUAGCCAGGAGUACAACGAGAGCCUGGUCAAGCGGCUGCACAAGGUGCUGCGGCCCUUCCUCCUGCGGAGGGUGAAGGUGGAUGUGGAGAAACAAAUGCCAAAGAAAUACGAGCACGUCAUCAAGUGCCGGCUGUCCAAGCGCCAGCGCUAUCUCUACGACGACUUCAUGGCCCAGGCCACCACCAAGGAGACUCUGGCCACAGGGCAUUUCAUGAGCGUCAUCAACAUCCUGAUGCAGCUGCGAAAGGUGUGCAACCAUCCCAACCUCUUCGACCCCCGGCCCAUCCACUCGCCCUUCAUCACCGAGGGCAUCUGCUUCAGCACCGCCUCGCUCAUUCUGUGCGCCCUCAACCGGGAUCCCUUUAAGCAUGUGGACAUGGGCAUUUUCGACCUCAUCAACCUGGAGGGGCGUGUGUCCCGCUACGAGGCGGACACCUUCCUGCCUAAGUGGAAGGUGACAAGGAAGCUGAUUGAGGAGAUCGCCGAGUCCCCGGACCCCCCGCCCAGGCCCAAGCCUGUCAAGAUGAAAGUGAACAGGAUGCUGCAGCCGGUGCCAAAGCCAGAGAACCGGACCGUGGUGCUGGUGAACAGCCCUCGCCCCGUAGCCCCCUUGCAGAGACCUAUGACUCCUGUGUUGCCAGAGGCCCUGGCCCCCAUGCACCCCAUGGGCCCAGUUCUCCCGGGGCCCGUUCAGCCUCCCCUGCUCCCUCACCCCAUGGCCGUACCCAUCUCGCUGCCCCUGCCCCUCCCGCCAUCCCCGGUGCCGGUGCCUCCCUCUACCAGGCCGCAGGGCCCAACGCUAGUGCCAACGCUGAGCCAGAACAACGCCGCGGCCGCAGUGCUCCAGGCCCCAGUGUCCGCCCCGCAGGUCCUGCCCACACUGAUGCCUGCGGCCCAGCUGGUCCCGAAUGCCCCCCAGCCCCCCGUGCUGCCAGCCCCUGCCACCGCUGCUGCUGCCUCCACCCUCAAGCCUGGCCCAGUGCCAGCCCCCGCCAUGCGGCUAGCCACCAACCCCCUGAACCCGGGCUCCAUGGGGAGCAUGAUGAAGCCAGUGACAGUCCAUUCCACCACCAGCGCCCUGCCUGGCUACAACUUCCCGGCCACCAGUGCUGUGCAGCAGAGGGUGCUGCUCUCCCCGGACAUGCAGGCCCGGCUGCCCUCGGGUGAGGUGGUGAGUAUCGCACAACUGGCUUCGCUGGCCAACAGGCCCCUGCAGAGCGCCCCAGGCAGCAAGCCCCUCACCUUCCAGAUCCAAGGCAACAAGCUGACCCUGACGGGCACCCAGGUGCGGCAGGUCACCAUGGCCCAGCCCCGACAGCUGCAAAGGAAUGUAGUUCACCUGGUCUCUGCCGGGGGGCAGCACCACAUCAUCAGCCAGCCAGCCCAGGUGGCUCUCAUCCAGGCCAUGACCCAGCAGGGCGGGCAGGCGCAGGGUGGGGUGCAGGCCAUGCCAGGCCCCCAGCCCACCACCGUCCUGCCCGCCCCAGCCUCUGUCACCCCGGCGGCCGCCACUUCAGCAGCCAUCAGCGUCCCCAUAGCUACCACGCAAGUGCCCUCCUCCAUGGUGAACAGCUCUGGUGUGGUGAAGAUCGUGGUGCGGCAGGCCCCACGGGACGGCCUGGUGCCUGCCCCAGCCCUACAGCAGCCUCCACGCCCAGCCACAGCCACCACCUUGCCUAGCCUGCCGGCCGCCCUGAUGGCACAGCGAGCCCAGCUCCCCAUGGCACCCAUGCCACCCGUGCGGUUGCCCACUCAGCCACUGGUUCCAGUGCGAGCACCCACCCCACUGCAGGCCCUAGUGCGACCCAUGAUCCGGGUGGUGCAGGCGCCAGUGCCAAGCAUGGAGCAGUCAUCUCCAGCACCGGCUCCAUCUUCUCCCGUCACCGCCGCCCCUCUCCCCAUCCCCUCUGCCACCACCAUCGCUGCUGCUGUCUGCCCUGCGCUGGCUUCCCGGCCCGCAGCCGCGCCCAGCCCGGGGCCCAAGGAGGAACCUGAGACACUAAUGCUACGCUCCACCACGCCCACCCCGCCUCCCCCGUCGCCACGGGCCCCACGGCACAGACGGCAGCCCCCUCCCCCGCCCCGGUCCCCCUUCUAUCUGGAAUCACUUGAAGAGAAGCGGAAGAAGCAGAAGGAGGAGCGCCUGGACCGACUCUUCCGCCUCAACGAGCAGCAUUGCAACCUGGCCCCCAUCUAUGGCACCGAGGUGCUGCGCCUCUGCACCCUCUUCCCACCCGGCCCCCCUCGGGAGCAGGAGGAGGAGGGGCAGGGAGUAGCACCCGAGCUGGAUGGCUGGAGAGGGACCAGCUACAGCCAUUGCUACAUGGCACAGAUGCAUCGGGACCCCCAGCACCUAGAGGCGUACUGGCAGCGGGCCACAGCCAUUGCCCUGGCCAUCCUGACCCCUCAGCAGAGGGUUGAGCAGUUGGCAGACAUCAUUGAGAGGUUCAUCUUUGCUAUGCCUCCCGUGGAGGCGCCUGCCAUCACCAUUCACACCUCUCACCCGCCCCCGUCACUCCUGCUCCACCAGGCCAUCUUCAAGGAGACGCUGCGGCGGGAGAUUUCGCCCCGCGCCAGCGGCCUGCAUCGCAUCGUCUGCAACAUGCGCACCCAGUUCCCCGACCUGCGCCUCAUCCAGUACGACUGCGGAAAGCUCCAGACCCUGGACCUGUUGCUGCGACAGCUGAAGGCCGGGGCGCACCGGGUCCUCAUCUUCACGCAGAUGACCCGCAUGCUGGACGUGCUGGAGCAGUUCCUCAACUACCAUGGGCACAUCUACCUGCGCCUGGAUGGCAGCACCCGCGUGGAGCAGAGACAGGCGCUGAUGGAGCGUUUCAACGCUGACAAGCGCAUCUUCUGCUUCAUCCUGUCGACACGCAGCGGAGGCGUGGGGGUGAACCUGACGGGCGCUGACACUGUGGUGUUCUACGACAGCGACUGGAACCCCACCAUGGACGCCCAGGCCCAGGACCGCUGCCACCGCAUUGGUCAGACCCGCGAUGUCCACAUCUACAGGCUGAUCAGUGAGCGGACAGUGGAGGAGAACAUCCUGAAGAAGGCUAAUCAGAAGAGGAUGCUGGGAGACAUGGCCAUUGAGGGUGGGAACUUCACCACAGCUUACUUCAAACAGCAAACCAUCCGGGAGCUCUUUGAAAUGCCCCUGGAUGAGCCAGCCAAGAAGGAAGGGGAGGUCCUCACCAUAGCGCAGGAGGACGAGGAGGAUCCCAUGGCCAACAAGCAAACCCAGAUCCUGGAGCAGGCGCUGUGCAAGGCUGAGGACCCUGAGGACAUCCGGGCGGCCACGCAGGCCAAGGCUGAGCAGGUGGCAGAGCUGGCUGAGUUCAACGAGAACAUCCCCCUGGACGCGGACGAGCGGCCCAGCAAGGAGGAGGAAGAGGAGAUGUCAAAGGCUGAGCAGGAGAUCGCCUCGCUCAUGGAGCAGCUCACCCCCAUUGAACGCUAUGCCAUGAACUUCCUGGAGGCCUCUCUGGAAGACAUCAGCCGAGAGGAGCUGAAGCAGGCAGAGGAGCAGGUGGAGGCUGCCCGGAAGGACAUAGACCAGGCCAAGGAUGAGGUGGUGUUCAAGCUGCCCGACGACGAGGACGAGGGUCGGCUCAGCGAGGAAGGCUACAUCAAAAAGAGCAAGAAAGCCAAGGUGCCCAGCCGUGCGGGCCCAGAGCGCACUGGCACACGCAUGAGUGAGCGACUGCGGGGCACUCGCCUCUCCCUGCGCGAGGCGGAUGGAGUGGACACCGAGUCACCCCAGGCCCGGCUCCCCAGCCUGCGCCACCUGCGGGGCCACCAUGCCAGGCUGGAGGCCGAGGAGGCAGAAGACCACCUGUCCCUGGUGGCCCAGCACACACGUGGUGCAGCCAUCCGCAGGGACCUGGUGCGGGAGGAGACGCCAGCUCUGACCCGCAAGGCCGCGGCCAAGAGGGAGGAGUCGGGGACCAAGGUCCCAGGGGCUGGCGAGAGGGUGCUGCGGCCCAUCCCUCACAGAACAGAGGCCCCCGUCAUCGGGGAGAGGGUGCUCCGGACCUCUCCACAGAGACCUGAACCCCCUGCCACUGGAGACAAGGUGCUGCGAGGCACCCCCCAGAGAGCUGAGCCCCCAGCCAUCAUAGAGCGGGUGCUCCGAGCCAUCCCUCAGAGAGCAGACACCCCAGUCCCUGGGGACAGGAUGCUACGAGGUGCCCCGCAGCGAGCAGAGCCCCUGGCUACCAUGGAGCGGGUGCUGCGCAGCGCCCCCUUGAGAACAGACACUCUAGCUCCUGGGGACAGGGUGCCCCGGCUGGCCCCACUCAGACCAGAGGCACCUCCUGCUGGGGAGCAGGACCUGAGACCUGAGGCACCAGUGACUGGUGCGAAGCUCCUCCAGCCAAGACAUGAGGUAGCACCUGCCAGAGAGGAGACCCCCCAGCCAACGCUCCGAGCUACCGAGAUGGGGAUAGUCUUGGGGGUGCCAGCCCUGCUAGGGCAGGAGAGCAUAGCACCCACAGGGGAGCUAGCCUCAAAGAAGCCCCCUGCUGAGCACAUGCCGAGGGUGGAACCCCCACCCACUUGGGAAAAAGUGCUGGGAUCCAUGGAGCUCGCGACAGGGGUGAAGAUAGGGAGCGUGGAGCCAUCUUCUGCCUCAGAGAAAGUUCCCCUACCAGCCCCCUGCAACCUGGAGAUCCCAGCCCCCAACAAGCUGGUGCCAAGCCCGGAGACACCAGCCUCAGAGGAGGAGCCACCCGAAGGAGCCAAGGGAUCUUUGGGCAAAGCUGAGGUAGCCGGAGAGCUGGCCCAACGCCCAGUGGAACUGGACAGUGUGGAUGUGAAGAGGGGAGAGCCAGUCAGACGUGCCCCGGAGGAGCCAGAGAGCCUGGCACCCGAUGGGCCCGCAGCAGAGCUCCCCCCAGAGACGCCUGCCCACUGCGCUGCUAGGGCAGGGGUUGAACUGCCCGCUGCUGAGCCUUUCUCCACUACAGAAGGCAAAGGGCCAGGAGAGGUGGAGCCCCAGCCAGCCUGGCCUCUCUCGGGCUCCCUGAACCAGCCGGUGGAGGUUGCCAACUCCCUGCCUCGACUGAAAACACCACCCCCCAGCAAGGAGCACAACGGGCUAGAGCGGCCUUCCCCUCUCUCCAACAGCCUGGGCAAACCCCAGCCCAGGGAGCUGGCACAGAGUGCCACAGAGCCACUGGAGGUAGCCAUUGGGUGCAGCAGCAGCCUGAAGGAGGUGUCCAAGAGGGGGCUGGGUGACCAGGAAGACAAGCCCAAGCACCCAGACGGAGUGAGUGCAGCCAACACCGCCUCCCUGGGGCUGGGGGAAAUGCAGCCAGGGACGACCUCCUCUUCGGACAGCCCAUCGCCAGCCAAAACACCGCGCCGGCGCACCAGUGCUGACGUGGAGAUCCGGCAGAACCACCAGGGCCAGGACGGCCCGGCUGCCAAGGUCUUGCGCAAGCUGCCAGGCCGCCUGGUCACCGUGGUGGAGGAGAAGGAGCUGAUCCGACGCCGGCGCAACCGCAUCCACAAGCUGGACGCCACCAGCAGCACUGUGGUGAGCCCCAGCAGCAGUUCGGCCCACAGCAUCUCCGAGCUAGAGUUGUCCCCCUCCAGCAAGGAGCUGCCACUGCUCCGUGACCUGCCCGCCCGCCGCAGGAUUGAGCUGGAGAGCCGGGCUGCCAAGGAGAGGGGAGACGAGGGGUCUGGCCUGGAGCUGCCCCCCAGCCUGCCCCCACCGCCCCUCAAGCGUAAACGGGGCCGGCCCCCGAAGAACAAGUCUCCAGAGCAGCCAAGCCAGGGGGAAGCACAGCUACCACCCAGCACCCAUGUACCCCGCAUCAGGAAGCCAGAGAUCAAGACUCCUGAGCCAUCCUCACCCAAGACCCUGAAGCAGCCAUGCAAGGGGGAGGCACGGCCACCGCCCGGCACCCUGAAGCCACGUGCCCAGAAGCUGGAACUCAAGGCCCCUGAGCCAGCCUCACCCCGGAGCAAGACAGAGAGCAGUGAGAAUGACUCCCCCCUGGAGAAGCGCCGGCGGGGCCGACCCCCCAAGGCACACUGGGCCCCCGCCACUCCCAGCACUGAGUCACCCCCCAAGCGCAAGCGGGGCCGGCCCCCCAAGAACCCAGCUUCCCCCCGCGUGGAGACAGCAGCCCCCCGCCCUGGCUCAACCUCGGACCGCGACACCUCCGCCGAGAAGGAGCUGCCCCCACCUGGCCGCAAGAGGAGGUGGAGAAGGAAGGAAGAGCCUGGCCAGGCCCCCAGUGAGAGCUCAUCAGAUGGCGAGGAGGCCCGCCCCCUCACCCGGUUGGCCCGUCUCCGGCAGGAAGAGAAGCUGGAGUCGGGCAGUGAGUGUUCGGCCCUGCUCCCAUCCCAGAGCGCUGCCCCUAAGCCGGAGCCAGACGGCACCUCCUCCGGGGAGAGCAGCACCUCCGAGCAGACCCCGGCCCGCUCCACCCGCCAGCGCCCUGGCAGCUUGGUGCCACCGCUGGAGCAGGAGCAUCAGAGGCGCAAGCGGGGGUGCUUGUCAGAGGGCGGCAAGUCCCCCGGGGCUGCCGGCUCAUCGGAGGACGACGGGGGCGGCGAGUCAGAGUCCUCAGCAGAGUUGAGCGGUGAGGAGGGUGAGCGGCGGCCCAAGCGCCGCCGCCGUCACGCAGGCCGAGCCACCGGCAGCAGGAGGCGGCAGUGCCCACGGGGCAGUUCGGCCGACCGCGUCCUGCGAAGCGCUGCCGCCACCCCAGCCAGCAACACCCGCUCGGCCACCGGCCCCACGCCGGGGGGUGUGGCUGGAGCCCCCACCCCCUCGGCCACCGCUGCUCCUGCCGCCAUGGUUACCUCCUCACUAAGUAUCAGAGGCCGCAAGCCCAAAACGUGACCACAGCUUGGGAGAUGCCAGAGUCGCUUCCCAUUGGGAUAGAUCGGAGCUCACCGACCCACUCACCCCCAUCCCCGCCCUUCUCAGGCAGCAGUACAGCCACUCUGGGCUUCCCACAUCUCUGCCAUCCCCAUCUGGACUGUUAAACCACUACUUGAACGCGGGAGGGGCUGGUGGCAUGGCUGUCCGGUUCCCCUGGCUCUGGGCACAAGCUAACCCAGCUGUAAGCCUUGGCAACCUGAGGGGGCUGUGCUGCUCUGCCCUGGGGAAGACGCGUCCUGUGGACGAACAGGGCUUGGCUCAUUGGCAUCAUGGAGCAGGCAAGGCGACCACCAGGGCGGGAGGUGUACGCGGCUCCACCUGGUUCUGGGCAUGGGAUUAGCCCAAGGCCCUGGCUGAAUUGGCCCAGGCAUUUCGCCCCCUUUUUUAUUUCUAUCCUCUUGCCCAGUCCAGGGUUGGUUCAGAUCCCCCCUCCUACCUCCCCAGUGGAGGGGGCUCCCCCCCCCCCCCCCCGAUUUCUAAAAACUCGCCCUUUCUUUUUAACUAGCUUGGGUUGGUUUUUAACUGAUGCGACCAAAUUCGCGGCCUCCCACUCCCACCUGGUGUUUUUCUUGAUUUCCUUCCUGCUCUUCCAUGCAGGAGCCAGGUUGUCAGGCUGGGGCAGCCUAGUCUGGCCGCUGGGGACAGACUGGAACACGGGGUGCAGCGGCCCCCCAACACAGAGAGACAGGAGAAAUUGUCCUCUUUUUAAUUAUGUACAUUUCAGACUCACAGCUCCAAGGACUCUUGGGGCUCUGAUUGGUUGGACCCCCUCAACACACAAGCCCCCCCCACCUUUCUCUUUAUGUACAGCCCUUGUUGUAAAAUAGGUUCUUUUGAACAUAAUCUAUGCAAAGGUUAUUUUGUAUAGGGGAGCACACCAUUCCCCCCUCCACGGCAGGACUGGGGGCGGCAGCGGUUCUCGGGUUGGGGGGGAGCGUGUGGUUGGGGAGCAGGGGGUGUAGGGACUGGGAGGGGGGAGGUGUUCCCAUGGAGCUGUCUUUCCUACUGAAGCAUGUUCAGAACGUGUACAGAGGUCCGAUGUAAUCUUUCUUCAGAAUAAUGCUAUGAAUAAAGUGUUUAAAAAAAAAAAAAAAAAAAAACGACAGCACAGCCCCG